ACGUGGGCAAAAAUGGCGUCAGGGAAUGGUGCACUCCCAGAGAGAAUAAACCGUAGCUCCUCCGACGAGACGGAGAAAGUCGCAAUGAUUACAGGCAUAACAGGACAGGAUGGAUCAUAUUUGGCUGAGCUAUUACUUGAGAAAGGCUACAAAGUUCAUGGUAUCAUAAGGAGGUCCAGCUCAUUCAACACUGGUAGAAUAAAGCACCUGUACAGCAACCCUGCCCUUCAUGAGGGAGGAGGUCUGCUCCUUCAUUAUGGUGACCUUACUGAUAGUUCCUGUCUCGUUAAACUAGUCUCUGAAAUAAGACCAACUGAGAUUUAUAAUUUAGCUGCUCAGAGUCACGUAAAGCUCUCCUUUGAUAUGAGUGAGUACACUGCUGAUGUUAAUGGGGUUGGUACUCUUCGGCUCUUGGAUGCCAUCAGGACGUGCGGACUGGAAAAGAAAGUGAAGUUCUAUCAGGCUUCAACUAGUGAAUUAUAUGGUAAAGUUCAGGAAAUUCCACAAACCGAAAAAACUCCAUUUUAUCCUCGCUCGCCAUAUGCUGCUGCAAAGUUAUACGGCUAUUGGGUUGUAGUCAACUAUCGUGAAGCUUAUGACAUGUUUGCCUGCAAUGGAAUCUUGUUCAACCACGAGAGCCCAAGAAGAGGUGAGAAUUUUGUAACUCGUAAGGUAACUCGAAGUGUUGCUCAAGUUCAUUUGGGACACAGAGAAUCAUUUUCAUUAGGUAAUCUUGGAUCUCAGAGAGAUUGGGGGCAUGCGAAGGAUUAUGUUAAGGCAAUGUGGAUGAUGCUUCAGCAAGACAAACCUGAUGACUUUGUCAUUGCUACUAAUAAAACACACAGUGUAAAGAAAUUAGUGGAACUAGCUUUUAAAGAAGUUGGUCUUACCAUCAGUUGGAAAGGGGAGGGUUUGGAUGAAGUAGGUGUUGAUCAGAAUGAUAUUGUUCGUGUUACGGUCAACCCCAAGUAUUACAGACCAACCGAAGUGGACUUUCUUCAAGGUAAUCCUGCCAAGGCAAAGGCUAUACUUGGCUGGGAACCAAAAAUUGAAUUUGAGGAUUUGGUAAAGGAGAUGGUAGCGUCUGACAUUAAGUUGUUAUCUGCAGAUCCAACUGCUUGAGGAAUUUGCUACAUUUUUUUAUACAUAAUAAUUCAAGCUCUUUAUCUUUUUAAAAUAAUUUCUUUUAAAUUUUGCAAAAA